CAUCUCGUUCGAUAGCAAUUCGCAUGACGUGAACAGUACAUAAAUACAUGCAACUUUUCCACCUCAUCAGCUCUGGCUUAUUGCCUCCAGGAAGUCCAAGUUGGCUAAUGUCCGGCACGACGAUGAAUGUGUCUGUGAACACAAAUUUGUCACCUGCCUUUGCUGAUCUGCCCACAAUCUGGCAGAUCUCCCGCCGCCUGACUUUCUGCUCCAGUGCGUCAAAACAUCAAUCGCCUCACUACUGCCUACGAAUCGUCCCAGCCUUCCCAACUUGUUCAUCAUCAUCCCCAAACUAUGCCAUCACUUGGACGCUUUCUGACCUUUCCAUAGCUCGCUCCCAAGCCGUUCUCCUGGAGCUUCGAGACUCCCGACGAAGCGCAGGAAGUUGUCGAGGCGUACACGCUAUGAACGUCGCCGGUUCGAGAAGUACAUAAAAUCCGCACAAAAAGCGCUUGGUAACGAGGCAGUGCAGCGCAAUCACCGCUCAGAUACGAUCAAACGCCAUACCGAGAAGAUUGAGUAUUUGCACGACGUGCUCGCGUCAGGU